GUUAUUCUGGGAGAUAAUUAGCGCCUGUAUUUUGCCUGCACUGUCACGACUCAGCGCGGCUCAGUCAGUACCGGGUGCGGCGGAACUUCACCUGCGGCGAACGGCACGGCCGUGUCCCCUCCCUCUUCCAACACAGAGAACAUAUCCACACACACACAUGCUGACUCACACACACUCACUUCCGGACACGACUGUGCCAAUCCAGCCCUAUGUCCUGAGUUUUAUCAUGCAGCACGCGCAGAUCUAGUCACAGCGCUGAAGGAAUAAACCGCGCGACUCUCGCAAAACUUAAUUCAACUUUCGUGCCGGGAGAGACUCUUUCACCGCGCGCUCACAGGAGGAUUUCACACUUUGAAUGACAAAGGCGAUCCCGUGGGAAAAUCACGCGCCUUCACAAAAUGGAUAAAGGAACGGGACUCCUCCGUCCUGUGAUUUUGUUUAUUGCUCUUGUGGUGGUCGGUGAGAGCCGUGUGGUGAAGGUUCCCGUCGGUCCUCUGGUGCGCGUCGAGGGUCAGGCCGUCUCCAUCCGCUGCGAUGUAUCUGAAUACCAGGGACCCAAAGAUCAGGACUUUGAUUGGUCUAUUGUCCUCGCCGGUGAUAAACUGCUCCCGCUCGUCUCCACCUUUGACAGUACUUUCACGGACACUACAGUGAAGGACCGGGUCAACAGUGGUGACAUCAGUUAUAAGAAGCUGGCAGAUAAUGCUGUGGAGCUCAUAUUCAAGAAGGUCAGAGUGACGGACAGUGGCUUGUAUCGCUGCAGCACGCCCAGCACCGACUCAGUCAUCAGCGGGAACUACGACGCCGAUGUGGAGCUCAAAGUGAUCGGGGACAGUCUGAAUGUUUCUUCAGCCAUUCCCAAGUCAGCGGUGUCCGAGGGAGAAUCGGUGGAGCUUCAGUGCAACACGACACGGGGCUUCACGGAGCACACCUUCCUCUCCGUCACCUGGUCCAUCAGGAAAGGGAAAGGGAACGGAACGUUGGAGGAAAUCUUGACGUUUGGGCCGGAUGAUAAGGUCAAAGUUGGAAGUAACUACACUCAGCGUUACACAGACGGCGGGCUUCGCUUGGACCUUCGUGGAGGUGGAUUUUAUGGACUAGUCCUGAAGAGAGCAAAGCCGUCAGACCAGGGGGUGUAUGUGUGUACGGCCCAAGAGUGGGUAAGGCAGGGAGAAGGAGGAAGAACUUGGAGGAAGAUUCUGGAGAAGUCUGAGGAUAUGGGGAAUGUUGUUGUUACACCCACAGAGCUGCAGUUUAAGGUGAACCUCACAGCCUCUCUGAACCCUCAGUCCACCAGCGAACCCACCGAACUGCGCUGUCAGGUGGUCAACCUCCUCCACCUUCAAGAUGGCCGCCUGGGCGUGACCUGGACUUACUCUACAAACGCACCUGGAGACGUACCUCAGAAGAAGAUCACUAUAGCCUCCUUGAAUGAGCAAGGAGCUCUGAUUACUGGAAACGAGUACCAGCAGAGGCUGGACAGCGGGGACAUAGCGUUGACCAGGAAAGAGUCUAACGUCUUCGUUCUGCGAAUGCUCCAGACUCAAGACGCAGACAUGGGCUCUUAUUCCUGCUCGGUGACCGCAUGGAUGCCCACCCGGCAAGGUGGAUGGGAAAAAGUGAAGGAGGUCCAGUCAACUCUGGCUACUGUUCAGUGGACACCAAAGAUUCCAGUUUUGCAAGUAGUAGCCCACCGUGUGAGAGAAGCUUCAACUGCUGGAUCCACGUUUGAGAUGACCUGUCAGGUGACGGGUCAGCACCUGAGGAAUCCCGGCUACACCGUUCUCAUCCGUUUUGAGGAGGUCUUGGGAGGCAAGUCCCGGAAAGUGCUGUCACUCAGCCAAGACUCGGUCCUGCAGUCAGAGGAGUGGAGUGAGCCGAGCCGGAUCGACAGCGUGGUUCUGGAGAAGACCGGGCAGCUGGAGUACCGCUUCCGUCUGUAUGGGGCCCAGGACACGGAUCGCGGAUUCUAUUACUGCGAUGUCACGGCCUGGACACGGGAUCAGAAACAAGAAUGGAUCAAAGCCGUCAGCGCGGAGUCCAACAAGAUUCAGAUUGCCUUUGAACACACAGGUCCAGUGUUCAACAUAUCCAUUCAUUCAGAAGCAAACAGUGUGUUACCAGGAGACACGGUCCAGAUGAAGUGCAUCAUUUCCGUCCUGAACGCUUCUCCUAACACUGGCGACAUGGCGUUUGACGUUCGCUGGUUCCGGAGUGCAGCAUGGGCUGUGGAUAACGGAGGAGUCCCGCCUCUCAUCAGCAUGGACCGCUGGGGCGUGGUGAAGAAGAGCGGCUCCAAUGACAGCUGCCUCGAGCGCACCGACAGGCACACGUUUGUCCUCAGCUUGCACAGCGUUCAGGAUAGCGAUGUGGGAGAAUACUACUGUAGCGCCACACCCUGGCUCCUGUCCCCUGCUACUGGAGCCUGGGGCAGGGAGAAGGAUCUCACCUCUGCUUCAUCAUUCCUCUCUGUCCAAAUGCAAUUGUGGGAAUCGUUGAAGAUGCCGUUGGGAUACGGUGUGAUCGCUGCUGUGAUCGCUGCUCUCCUCUCAGUGCUGCUGGGGCUUGCUGUCGCCCACUGCUGUUUCUCCAGGAACCCCAUGCACACGCCUCGCCCCCGAAACAAGCUUAUGGACCUGGAGAUGGAUUAAAGCUGUCCACCUUCCUAGCGCUGUGACCCGACCCUGCCCAAAACCACUUCAACCAACUUUGGGACUGGAUGUGGAUAUGCACAUUGCUUAACACGAGAUGGAGAACCUGUUUCUAUGCACUCCGAGGACUGGGCCACUCCGACUGACAGCUCCAUAUUCCCACUCGGGAGCAAUACACUUAUUAUUCUCAGGAAUAGAGCACUGACGGCCCCAUCCAAUGUUUUUUUUUUUUUUCCCCUUGAAAUUUGUAAUGCAUCCCUGACUGCUGAUUGGAUGAAAGCAUGAGAGUACAAACUUGUGACUGCACUAUGACCAAACCAGCAAUAUUAGAGUUUGUACAGUUGAUGACGGUUAUUUUAUUAUAACAAUUAAUAGGAAGGACUCUAAUGAAUGAGCCAAGAGCCUGUCAGUUAUGAUUGUGGCAGAGACUCCAGUUUUAGCCUGACCUUUUAAACCGCUGCAGUCCCAGAGGCUUUGUUUGUCACGUCCGCUGUGACCCUCGCCCUGCCCGCCUGUCAGAGUUAUGAACCUAAAAUCCCUGACCUUUCCUCUCUGCAGAAAUCCGUAGCGUUGAUCCACAGGCUAAAGGAAAAGGAUGGGUGAUGGAUGGGUGCUUCAAGACUGCACUGGACCUGCUGGGAUCCAGAAGCGAGCACUCGAGGGAACUGUCCCAACAGGCCGUCAAUCCGUGGCUUGGCUUCGAGCGGCCUGCCUUAAAGAACGCUUGUCUGGCAUUUCAAAAGCUCUGAUAACUGAUAUCCACACUGUUGGCGUUAACUCUUCCCUCACUUUCUCUUUUCUGCCCACAAACAUUGAAAAAUAUCAGUAUCCAAUCUCAGUUUCCCAAACUUGCAUCUCUUCCUCCCAUCAGAAUCCACUCAUUAUGCUGAUUCUCACACAGCUGACCUUCACUGACAUGAUUAUGGGUGGAUGUGGUCGGCAGAGUAUUUUCGGAGAAGAGAAGCUGUUUUCGCUGCAUCUCAGAGUGAGAGAGCUGUUCAGAGCCACAUUUAUAGACAAAUGUUUUACUUUUAUAUACAGUAGUUCCUUUAUGGGUAUUAUUAAAAUGUUUUGUUUUCUUUUUAUUGUGAAAUUUUAUGCGCUUUAACCUUUUUUGUUUUUUUGGCUAAGAGGAAAUAUGUAUUUUCUUUGUUGUUCAGUGACUGACUCACUCCAGUUCUCAAUGGCAAACCGGCAAAAAUGUUAUUUCUCAAUAAAAAAUGUACAACACUG